AUGGUGAAGGAUAACUGGAUAAACUCUGAGUCUCUUUCAGACACUAUCACCCUUUUUACUUAUGCAGCUGAUACAUGGAAUAAAAAGGUGUUUGGUUAUAUUGGCACAAAAAAGAAGAUAGUUAUGGCAAGACUUCGAGGAAUACACAAAAGCCUCAAUAGACAUCAUUCGACUUUCCUUAUCAAUCUUGAAAUCGAACUUCUCACCGAGUUAGAGCAACUCCUAGACCAAGAGGAAAUUCUAUGGAAACAACACUCAAGAAUAAAUUGGACUACCCAAGGUUACUUCCCGGCUAUUUCGACUCAUUUAAAGGAUUCCAUGUCCAUUGAACCCGAUGAAAAGGAAAUCUAUGAAGCUCUUAAGGAUAUUGCUCCCCUAAAAGCACCGGGACAUGAUGGCCUCCAUGCAGAAUUUUUCCAACAACAGUGGCACGUGGUGGGUCAUUCUGUCUGCAGCAUGGUGAAAAACGUUUUUACAGGAGGUGACAUUGAAGCCGACCUAAACAAAACUGUGCUUGUUCUAAUCCCAAAAAAAGAAGGACCUGAAACUUUCACGAACUUCCGUCCCAUCAGCUUAUGCACAGUUAUGUACAAACUCAUCAUAAAAAUUAUUGCCCGUCGCAUAAAACAAGUGAUGCCUAUUCUGAUCAUGCCGAAUCAAACAAGCUUUAUCGCUUGCCGCUCUAUCACCGAAAACAUCAUUAUAAAUCAGGAGGUAAUCCAUUCCAUGCGCCAACUCAAGACAAAGCAAGUUUGGAUGGCAAUUAAGGUGGAUCUUGAAAAAGCUUUCGAUCACCUCCGAUGGGAGUUCAUUCAAGACUCGCUCACUGAAGAUGGCUUUCCACCAUGCACUAUCCGACUCAUAAUGCACUGUAUCACUUCGACCUCUAUGCAAAUCCAAUGGAAUGGUGAGAAUUCUUCUGCGUUCCAACCAGAACGAGCAAUGGAACGCCUUGGCCAUAGCAUCCGUAAAUGUGUUGAAGAAGGUGAUUGGAAGGGUUAUUCUUUUUCCCGGCAGGGUCUCUCCAUCAAUCAUUUAUUUUUUGUUGAUGAUCUUAUGUUAUAUGCAAAGGCUGACCUACACCAUGCGGAAAUCAUUGAGAAAACCCUCAAGGAAUUUGGGUAUUUCUCGGGGCACAAAGUUAGUAAACGGAAGGCGCAUAUAUACUUCUCGCCUAAUACCACCAUAUCCACGAAAUCUUUUAUUCUAUCAUGUCUUGGUUUCCAAGAAGUUGAAUCUAUGGGGAAGUAUCUUGGACUUCCGGUCCUCCAUAGACGUAUGAAAAUUGCUGAUUUUGAUUUUAUCUUUGAUAAGUUCAGGAGUAAACUAAAUGGAUGGGCUGCUCGAUCCCUUUCGCUUGCAGGGCGUAUUACUCUGACAAAAUCAGUCCUUUCAGCUAUUCUGAAUUAUUUUAUGCAAGUCAUGUCAUUCCCUAAACGAGUCUAUAAUGAGAUAGAAAUUACGACAAACUCUUACUGGGUCCAACUACUCAGACAAAAAUAUAAAAUCCAGGAGGCUCACCCUAUAUUGGUUGAAAAGUACAAUUGUUCUCUAUUAUGGAGAGGAAUAUCAAAAAUAUGGAGACAAUUGCUCUCAUGUUUGGUUUGGUCAGUGGGUAAUGGGAACUCUAUAACUUUCUGGAAUGAUAAUUGGGUGCCGAGCUUGGGGCCUUUACGAGACUAUGCCCGAGAUGAUAUACAUGCUGAUUUAACCCAGAAAAUUCACAACUUCGUUGAUGUUCAUGGCCAUUGGGACAUUGAAGCUCUAUCUCAAGUUCUUAUUCCAGCUGCCAUACCUCAUGUCAUUAGUGUUCUACCCCCAGAUAGAAACGAUAAACCCGAUACACUGAUAUGGAGAUGGACUCCUGAACUUAGCUUUACAAUUAAGUCAGCUUAUACUUUUCUCAUGGAAGGUAACUGGAAUGAAAAAAGCUCUAUUUCGAAGGUAAUUUGGUCAAUCACUGCUCCUCAACGAGUUCGGAUGUUUACAUGGCUCGCUUAUAAAGAAAAAAUCAUGACGGAUUAUGAGCGAGGAAGACGACUGCUCACAAAUAACUAUUCAUGUCCGACUUGUGGUGCAGCAACUGAAACUGUAAUUCAUGUGCUACGUGACUGCCCACCAAGCCGACACAUGUGGUUGCACAUUGUGCCCCAAUCCGCCUGCUCAAGCUUUUUCGGGACUGACCUUCAUUCAUGGAUUACGCAAAACAUACACACUCGAUCAUUCAUAGUAGUUAUAGUUGGGCCAAAUGCUAUGAAACCAAUAUCAGAAAUCCUUCUGCACGCCCGAGACAACAUGGGGCUGCUUCAACAUGGUCUUUGCCACCCUGAGGAUGGACGUUUUACAAAGAAUAUAGGGACAAUAUCGGCCCUCCAUGCAGAACUCUGGAGCAUCUAUGAAGGUUUACUCAUUGCAAGGAGCUUUGGGGUUUUCAAAUUAUUGAUACAAUCCGACUGUAGCAAAGUAGUCAAGCUGAUCGAAGAUAGUGCUACCAUUGACAAUCAUAUUCCUCUAGUGCGCGCAAUCCUAAAGCAACGAAGAUCUGGAAAAGAAGAAGAACAAGAAGAAUUUGCAGUUUCAAUUGUUAACCAGCAGCACCACUGCAACUAUACUACUAGAAAUAGAAGCAGUAAAAAAUAUAAAAGGGAUGAACUUGGUGGUGGUAUUUAUAUAGGAAAAGGGAAGGAUUUUGAUUCUGGGGUUACUGGCUCCUCUUAA